GCCGGUUGAUCUGCCUUUCUCCCUGUUCCACAGUUCGGGCUUAGCGUCGUCGAUCACCCGCCCAGCGGAGCCCUAGUUCUGUGCCCUGAUUUCCUUUUACAGAUGUUUGCAACCCGUCGACAACAUUUUGACAGCCUCGAGGCACUCGGAGUGAUUUCUCUUCUUCUAUUAUUCACUGGCGAUGAACCACACGUGCGCAGUGACCAUGAACCACCGCUAUUCUGGCCUAGUUACCAAGAUGACUAUAUCUGUUGCUCGAAACACUUCCAGCCCCGAAUUCCGGGCCAAACAGAACUUCGAGUUCAGCGUUACCGUACGCUGUUUGGGACACUUCUUCAAGGCCGACGUUGUCGCCAUGCUUAGCAGCUGGAACUUCAGUGAGGAAGCCCUACAGCAGAGAUCUAGUCGUUAAACAUGGAAGAGUGAGGAUGAGCAUGGCGUUUAAGGCCGCUUCUAGCAGCAAGUUGGA